GUUAGCGUAUGUUUCCUGCUUUAAGUUUUAUGUCCCUUAGCCUCUUGUGCAAUCGGCACGCUUUCCUUUUGUUUUAGUUCCUGACUUUUGUCCUGUGUAGGAUUUAUUAAUUAAUAAAUCAUGUUCCUACCUUCAAGUCCUGUCCGGAAUGGUCCGUUUGCUUCCUGGGAGAACAACUCUCGCAUGGGCGGCACUGUGGCAGAGCCUGCCUGCAGUUACCAGAACGUCUUGGACCACCUGAACCUGACCAGAAGCAACGAGCUGUACAUCAUGACGCGGCCGGUGAGGAACUACAAGCAACGCACCCAGGUGUCCCUGGAGGUUCUUCUCUACGCCAUCCUGGACGUGGUGGAGACGGAGCAGAAGUUCAUCCCCUACGUCCAGACCGCCACGAGGUGGCACAAUGAAUACAUUUCCUGGGAUCCCCAAGAGUUCUGCGGGAUAGAUAAUGUGUCUCUUCCCGCUGAGGUCCUGUGGAAGCCUGACCUCACCAUCGAGGAGAUGACGGAGAAGGACAAAGCCCCGCCCACUCCCUAUCUGACCAUCAGCGCUAAUGGCUUCGUGGAGGUUCAUUACGACCAAGUCCUGGUCUGCACCUGCAGGAUGCACAUCUACAAGUUUCCCUUCGACACGCAGCGAUGUAACCUCACCUUCAAGUCCGUCAUACACACGGCCAAAGACCUGCUCCUGAAGGCCAGCGACAACUCCAGCGAGGCCUCCGAGUCGUCGCGCGAGCUGAUGAGGACGCAGUACGAGUGGGUCUUCCUCAACAUGAACGUGACCGCCUACAACGCCAGCGCCGACGUCGACCAGGACAAGAUCGUCUACACGAUCACCAUGAGGAGAAAACCCAUCCUUUACAUCGUCAACUUUGUGUUGCCCGUCCUCUUCUUCCUGGGUCUGGACUUGGCCUCCUUCCUGAUCUCGGACAGGGCCGGUGAAAAGCUGAGCUUCAAGAUCACGGUGCUGUUGGCCGUCACCGUGCUGCAGCUCAUUCUCAACGAAAUCCUGCCGUCCUCCACCAACAGGAUCCCGCUCAUCGGCGUCUACUGCAUCGGGAUCUUUGCUCUGAUGCUGCUCAGCCUCUUGGAGACCAUCUGUGUGAUGCGUCUGAUGCAGAUAGACAACAAAAGCGACAACCACGCAGACGGGGAGGAAAGCGGCGUCUUUAGCAAACACGCUAACUUUUAUAACGGAGGUGUGCAGGACUGCGGAGGCAUCUACUCCAUGUCUGCCAGCGAGGCCCUGAACGCCACGUUACCCGGAGCCAGAGAGAGUCAGAGCGGCGUGCUGUGCCAGACGCUGGAGAAGCUGUCGGACGAGCUGAAGGCCAUGGAAAGAACGCUGAGGCUGCUGCACGGCGGCCAGAAAGAGGAGUUGGGAUACUGGAGCCGACUGGCCAGGAGGAUCAACAGGAUCUUCUUCAUCCUCUACGUGACUCUGGUCGUCCUCUUUUUAACGCUGCUCUUUACAAAAUGGACCAGUGACUGAGGAUGUUUGUACGCUGAGCUUCUUCACUAGCAGCAAAACAUAUAAAAUGUCUUAAAUAACACAAUUGUAUUAUUAACACUCAAACAACAUACACACAAACACAGUGCGGUACAUCAUGAAGCCUAAAGCAUGUACAAAAGCCAAAAGCAGUGAAGUUGUCACGUUGUGUAAAUGGUAAA